AUGCCUAUUGCGGUGAUUGGAAUCGCAGUGCGCGCAGGCUCCGCUUCGACACCUGAUGAGUUUUUCGAGAUGUUGUCAAGAGGGCGAAGCUCAUGGACUCCGGAAAUACCGCCAGAGCGUUUUAACAAUUCAAGCUUUUACCAUCCAAACGCUGGUAGGCUUGGGUGCAUCAAUACAAACGGGGCAUGCUUUAUACAGCAAGAUAUCACCAAAUUCGACGCGCCUUUCUUCAGCAUCACAGAACUUGAAGCGACAUCGAUGGAUCCGCAACAACGUCUACUAUUGGAAUGUGCAUUCGAAGCUCUCGAUAACGCCGGAAUACAGAAACACGCAACUGUUGGAAAGGAUUUCGGGGUGUUCAUCGGUGCAGGGUCACCAGAGUACGAAUUCGACCUGUUCAGGGAUUCGGAUACAAUGCCGAUGUUCCAAGCCACUGGGAACCAUUUGGCCAUGCAAUCAAACAGAAUCAGCCACUUCUUCGAUUGGCGCGGCCCCAGUGUGACAAUGGACACUGCUUGCUCCUCUUCGUUGACUGCCGUUCACUUUGCCUGCCAGAGCAUUCGCAAUCGUGAGUCUAAGGUGGCAUUGGUGGGUGGAUGUAAUCUCAAUAUAAUACCGGAAUUCUUUAUCAACUAUUCCACUUCCCGUAGACUGUUAGGCAAUGACGGCCGUUCCUUCUCGUUUGACGCACGGGGCACGGGAUAUGGCCGCGGUGAAGGAUGUGGCAUGAUUCUCCUAAAGCCGCUUGAUGAAGCUAUCAAGGACAAUGACUGCAUUCGCGCUGUUAUUGCCGCUAGCGGCGUUAAUCAAGACGGCUAUACACCUGGUAUCACUAUGCCAAACGGAGAAUCUCAAGAAGCGCUUGUCCGAGCAGUCUAUGAGAAUGCAGGCCUCGAUCCCUCCGAGACUGGCUACGUGGAGGCCCACGGCACGGGAACCCGGGUCGGCGAUCCCAUCGAAGUUACCGCGUUGCACAACGUGUUCAGUGAGGGACGAACCUCACGGAACCCACUCUACCUUGGCUCUGUCAAAUCAAACAUAGGUCAUCUUGAAUCUGCUUCGGGAAUCCUAGCAGUCAUCAAAACGGCCGUCAUGCUUGACCGAGGCUUCGUCCUUCCCAACUACGAUUUCAAGAUUGGGAACCCGAAGAUUCCAUUCGCGGAGUGGGGAUUAAAGGUACCAACAAGGCAACUACCCUGGCCGAGAGGGAAACGGUUCGCAAGUAUUAACAACUUCGGGUUCGGAGGAACUAACGCCCAUGUCGUUAUGGAGAGAGCGCCGUUGAGGAUCAAUAACGACAAUAACACCUCUACUUCGAAAGAAGACCCUACGGAAAAGCUUUUUGUUCUCUCUGCCGCAGACAAAGCUGCCUGCCAGACUUUCAUGAGCAACUUGGGUGUCUACCUUGAGCAAAGGCCCGAGAUGUUUCAAAGGGACCUAAUGAGUAACGUGGCCUAUACCUUGGGGCAGCGGAGAUCUUUAUUGCCAUGGAGGGUAGCCAUUCCUGCGAAAGAGUCUUUCGAUCUUGUUGAAAAACUAUCAAAGGGAACGAUCAAUCCUGUCAGAGAAUCUGGAGUCCCUCGAAUUGGAUUCGUCUGCACCGGCCAAGGUGCACAGUGGUGGGCCAUGGGCCGUGAGCUAUAUGAACGAUAUCCAACCUUCGCUGAUGUGAUGAACGAAGCGGACGCUAUCCUCACCCAGCUGGGCGCCCCGUACAGCCUCCUGGAAGAAUUGAGCCUCGAUGAGAAGACAACACGGGUGAAUCAGGCAAAUAUCAGCCAGCCCUCGUGCACUGCCAUUCAAUUGGCUCUUAUUGAGCUGCUUCGAUCAUGGGGCGUUGUUCCCACCGCAGUCAUUGGCCACUCCUCAGGGGAGAUUGCGGCCGCCUUCGCAGCAGGCAUCCUGUCAAUUCGAUCCGCUAUGGAAAUUGCAUACCACAGAGGGCGCCUUGUACCAGUGCUAAAGAAGAAGCAUCCUGAACUGGAGGGCACAAUGCUGGCCGUUGGUUGCGCAAGAGAGGAGGUCGAACCGCUAAUUCAGAAUCUCCGCCACGGAAAAGCCAAAAUUGCCUGCUAUAACAGUCCUCAAAGCUUGACGAUCUCCGGAGACACACCCGCCAUUAUUGAGCUUUCAGAGCUGUUGGAGGAGAAACAAAUCUUCAACAGAAGGCUAGUCAUCGAGACAGCAUACCACUCUCAUCACAUGGAGCUGGUGGCCGAAGACUACCUCGAUUCAAUACAAGACCUCCCAGCUCCUAUGGCGUCCAGUGUUCGCUUUUUCUCCUCCUUGACCGGGAAAGAAGCAUCUCACUCAGAGCUGGAUUCGAGGUACUGGGUGUCCAACCUGACCAGCCCAGUGAAAUUUGCGCAAGCUUUUGUCCAUCUACUGGCACCUACGGAGCUUUCUACGACAGGGGUAGAUUUCAUCAUCGAGAUUGGCCCUCACUCAGCAUUACAAGGCCCCGUGAAACAGAUCUUGAAGAAUGUUGGAGGACCAGCCGAAAAGAUCCCAUACUCGCCAUCCCUCGUCAGAAAGAAGGAUGCGGUUAGCAGUAUGCUCACGCUUGCAUCGACGUUGUUCUGCAGAGGAAGCUUCUUGGAUCUAGAGAAGAUUAACUUCCCGAAACAAGUUAAGAAGCCGACCGUGUUGGUCGAUCUGCCCAGGUAUCCGUGGAACCAUUCUAAGACAUAUUGGCAUGAGUCCCGCAUUGCUCGUGUGCACAAGCAUAGAGAACACCCGCGACAUGAUAUCCUUGGAACACUAGCAAACUACUCCAAUGAUCUGGAGCCGACCUGGCGGAACAUUAUCCGUUUGGAUGAUAUCCCGUGGCUCCGUCACCACAAGAUCCAGUCGUUAACCAUAUUCCCAAUAUCUGGAUUUGUUUCCAUGGUCGUUGAAGCAGCACAUCAGCAUGCCAAGUCAAAGAAUAUCAGUAUAGGGCAGAUCGAGCUCCGCGAUCUCACUGUCCACACGCCACUCAUGAUUUCCGAUGAGAAUAUUGAGUUGACCAUCACUCUACGCUCGCCACAAGCUGCUGAGCUUGGCCCAACCCUCACGACAACAGAUUUCCUGAUCCACUCCUACUCGGCAAGCAAAGGAUGGACCGAAAACUGCACUGGAACCGUCUCCGUGAGGACGCCGGACCUCAACGAAGUAGAUGGACGCAGACAACUCGAGCACAACGCAGCCCUACGGGCGGAGAUGAUCUCCGAAAUUGAAGGGAAAUCGCCCUCAGUGCCCUCUGCAGACAUCUACGCUACUCUUGAAGAGUUGGGAGUAGCUUAUGGCUCUACAUUUCAAGGACUUACGAACUGCCUUGCAGAUGAAAAACAGGUGGCUGCAAACAUCACCGUUGCUGAUACCGCCGCCGAGAUGCCAGAACACUUUGAAACAAGGCACAUAGCGCAUCCGGCCUUCUUGGAGCAGCUGAUACAAAUGUACUGGCCCCUCCUCGGCGCUGGCCGUACCCCCUUGGACGUCAUCUGCCUUCCGGCAUCGAUUCACAAACUUACCGUGUCUCUCGAUAUCUUGAAACAUGCAAGUGCCCCAGGGCAGAGCCUACGCGCGUACUGUACGGCAUCCAAACCAAUCUCGACGCAGAUUCCCAGCAAAGUCUCCAUGUUCGCUGUUGCCGGUGACGAGACAAUCAUUUCCAUUGAUGAUCUGACCAUCGCGCCGCUCCCGAAAACGGAUGACGAAGUGAGUGAGCAACCCUCGCGGGAGUUGGUCUAUAAGCAAGUAUGGGAGCCGAUUCUUGAACCACUUGAUCUGGCCCACGACACCAGGGUGGACAGCCCACAGACUGCUGGCCUUACUAAUGGAACUACCCUCGAGACAGAGACAGUGGCUAUUAUCCACGGGAACUCCAGCCUACAGCUUGAGCUCGCUCGGAUGCUUGCCGCCCUGAUCGAAAACCUUGGAAACAUGAAAGUUGACUUGGCCCCACUCGAAGACAUUGAUCCAACCGAGAAGCAUUGCAUCUGCAUAACGGAGCUUGACCAGUCGAUUCUCUCUACUCUAACCGAGAAGCAAUUUAUGGCUUUACGAAACAUAAUACAAAAUUCGCAAGACCUCCUGUGGGUUACACGAGGAGCGUAUGGGCAAACGGGCGACCCCACCAGCAACAUGGUUUCUGGAUUCAGUCGUGCAAUAAGGUCUGAAACCAUGUUCAAGUUCGCGACUUUGGAUCUUGAUGCUGAAGAAAAGCUCGAUGACACGCUGACUGCUCGAGCUAUCGUCAAAGUCUUCGAAGCAGUAACGUCGGCAAGUACUGUUGCCAAUACCGAGAUGGAGUUCCAAGAGCGGAAGGGCGAGUUCAGGACACCGAGGAUCGUACAAGACGAGGUUCUCAACGAGUACGUCCAUAAGAUGACCUUCCCCCCUGCAGUGGAGAACUCCGAAUUCGAUUCCAAGGGGAGGUCUCUGAAAAUGGCUCUGAAGUCGCCCGGAAAUUUCGAUUCCCUUUACUUCAUCGAUGAUGAGUUGAGGGAUCAGGAGCUCGCUGCUGAUCAGAUCGAAAUUCAAGUCAAGGCGGUUGGACUGAAUGUAGGGGAUAUAUAUUCCGCUACCAAUCUAGCCGGUGAAUCAGGCUUCGGGAAAGAGUGCAGCGGUGUUGUGAGCCGCGUAGGAAAAGACGUAAAGAGCUUCGCCAUCGGAGAUCGGGUCGCCGCAAUUGCCAAUUCAUCAUUCGCUACUUACGCUCGGGCGAAUGCGGACUUUGCUAUGAAAAUAGGGCCCAACAUCUCCUUCGAACAGGCAGCAAACCUUGCCUUGGCCCACUGCUCAGCACACUACGGAUUGAUUGAUCUCGCUCGGAUUGAAGAUGAAGAGACUGUGCUUGUUCUCAAUGGAGCAGGCACUGUAGGACAAGCUGCAAUUUCGCUAGCUCAAACGACGGGUCUGACGGUUUUCGCAGCGGUAGAGACUGCCGAAGAGAAGGACAUAUUGAUGAAAGGUUUUGACCUUCCCGAGGAUCACAUCUUCUACAUUAAAGAUGAUGAACUUUCCGGUUCCGUUCUCCGAGCAACCGCUAAUCGUGGUGUCGACGUCGUUUUCAGCAUACAACCAAGCGAAACCACCAUUCAAUCAGCCUUGAACUGUACAUCGGCGUUCGGCAGAUUUGUCCACGAAGAAGCGAGCGACCCCUCCUCCAGACUGCGACUGGAUCUGUCCACUCUGAAACGCAACAUAACGUUCUCCUCCUUCGACCUUCACACAUUGGCGACACAAAAGCCGCGAGUGUUGCGCCGUUUGAUCAAGGAAGUCUCCAGAUCCUUGAACUACGGGAGGACAGAACCGAUCAAAGGCACCACAGUUAUGCCCAUUUCUGAAGUGUCCGAAGCCUUCAAGCUUGCUCGGUCAACACCUGCGAGCAGAAUCGUCGUCGUGCCACACCCAGAAGAUAUUGUCAAGGUAACCCCUUCCAAUACAAAGUCCAAAUUGUUCAGCGAAAAUGCCACCUAUAUCUUGAUUGGCGGCACUGGAGGUCUGGGGCGUGGAAUGAGCAGAUGGAUGGCUGACAGGGGCGCAAAACACCUGGUGCUCCUCUCCAGAAGUGGUAACACAUCUGGAGAAGUGAAGACCCUGAUCGAUGACUUAGCUCCUCUGGGUGUCGAGGUCAUUGUCCACAGUUGUGAUGUGGCAAAAAAGGAGGACGUAGAAACACUCUUGAAGGAGAAAUUGGCCAAAUUGCCGCCUAUCAGAGGCGUCAUUCACGGGGCGAUGAUUCUUAGGGUCAUGCUAACAAGGCAACAGGACACAUUGUUUGAGAAGAUGGAGCUCAAAGACUGGACCGAGGUGAUUGAAUCUAAAGUCCAGGGAGCCUGGAAUUUCCAUAAUGCUCUUGCAUCCGUCCCUCUUGACUUCUUUAUUGUCUACUCGUCCUCUGCCGCUGCGAUGGGCGGUCGUGGACAGGGAGCCUACGCCGCCGCAAACUCCUUCCUGGAUGCUUUCGCUCAAUAUCGACGCUCUCUUGGCUUGCCCAGCGCCUCGGUCGGGCCCACGGCAGUUGUGGAUGCUGGGUUCUUAUUUGAGAACUCUGAACUGAUGAAAGAUGUUCAAAGAAACAUUGGUGACAAUUAUAUCACACAAGCCGAGGUGUUCUCACUCCUGGAAUCGACUCUUGACGGUACUGCGGAAGCCAGUUGCAACGACCACAUCAUUACUGGUGUGCACCUUGAUCCCCUCAAUCUACCAUUCUGGGCCACGGACGCAAAGUACAAACACCUUCGUCUGGCUGCGGAAGCAGCGGCAGCUCAACUCAACAAUGGUACAAAGUCUGUCUCCUGGAACGCAGCAUUCAAAGCUGCGCAGUCCUUACCCGAGGCGGAGCAGGUGGUGUGCGACGGACUUGUCGAAAAGAUAGCCAAGACAUUGGGCAUGGACAUUGAAGAGGUGGAUCCAACCAGGAAUCUGUCAAACUACGCUUUGGAUUCCCUAACCGCCAUCGACGUUAGGAACUUCAUCACUAGGGAGUUUGAGUCCACCAUGCAGGUGCUUGAGUUGCUGGCUAGUGGAACCAUUCAGACUUUGGCAAAGGCGGUUUGUGCCAAGAGCAAGCUGUUGAAGCUUCCGGGCUGA